UUGUUUUGUCAUGGCAUGGGAAGAAUAGAUACACAAAGACAUCCUACAAGUACCCGACGGUGGUGUCUUAUCCUCUGGGCAAUAUCCAACACUAGCGUUCCAAGCUGUAAACAAUCCAGCUGUGCGCAAGCUUUCACUACAAGUCCUCUGGCAUGUACAACCUCAGCCCGGGGAAUUCGCCACGAUUCUGUCCAUGGAACUUACAGUCCCUCGCAUUCGCUGCGAAUGGGAAAUUCCAGGGAGCUCCGGUCAUACCCCAGCGUUGCCUCUCCUGAUUUCGAUAUGGCCAUUGUCUCUGUAAUCCUGUGAUCAAGGAGGUCAACAUCGACACAUCACGCGAUCACCCUGAACGGACAUGCUCAUCCGGAGAGGUGCUCGCAAGCGCAAGGGCUGUGACAGACAUUGCAUUGCUUCGCCGACGCUAAGCGCCAAACCGAAAAGCCUGGCGGGCCGACGGGCC